AUGGAAUCCUCAAGCAGUAACCAUUUUAUGUUAAAUACUGGUGGUGCUUUUAAAACUGCUUCUUGUGCUCUUGGUGGUAUAGGAGGGGUGUUUCGAAAUCAUGAUGGUGAUUGGAUCUUGGGAUUUUCAGGCCUUGUGGCCACUGCGGAUGCCUUAAGCACCGAAUUACAUGCUUUACUCAAGGGUUUACAAUUAGCAUUGGAUCGUCAUCUUUUGCCUCUAGAAAUAAACGUGGAUGCUCAGCUGCUAGUAGAUCUAUUGUGCCUCCUUCGGAGGCUGGGUGAUCCUACCGUCCGCCAUGUCUACAGAGAGCAGAACUAG